AUGACAGGUAUAUUCAUUGUGGGUGCCAAACGUACACCAUUUGGCACGUUCGGCGGAGUGUUUCGCAACACGACGGCCUCGGAACUGCAGACUACUGCCAUGGUGGCCGCCCUGCGUGAAGCCGGAGUGGCGCCCACUCAGGUCGACAGUGUAGUCGUCGGGCAAGUUAUGCCGGUGUCUCAAGUCGAUGGGUCUUACAUCCCAAGGCACUCGUCUCUCAAGGCGGGCAUACCGCAGGACCGGCCGGCACUCGGCGUCAACCGACUUUGCGGCUCUGGGUUCCAAUCCAUUGUCAACAGCGCACAGGAUAUUCUCACUGGUGCAGCCAAAAUAUCUUUGGCUGGUGGAGUAGAGAACAUGACCCAAGCUCCUUUCGCUGUUCGUGGCGUUAGAUUCGGAACAGCUUUGGGUACUUCUUAUGCAUUUGAAGAUACAUUGUGGGCGGGACUUACUGACACCUUCUGUGGACUGCCCAUGGGUAUGACUGCGGAGAAACUUGGUGGACAGUUUGGAAUUACUAGGGACGAGGUUGACAACUUUGCUUUGAAGUCCCAACAGAGAUGGAAAGAUGCCAACGAUGCGGGAAUAUUUAAAGCAGAGAUUGAACCAAUGACACUGAAGAUCAAGAAGAAGGAGGUGGCUGUGGAAGUGGACGAGCACCCUCGUCCCCAGACCACGUUGGAGGGACUCAAGAAGUUGCCGCCUGUGUUCAAGAAGGAUGGUUUGGUUACUGCUGGAACUGCUUCGGGUAUAAGCGACGGUGCUGGAGCACUAGUCCUCGCGAGCGAAGAAGCUGCCAAGAACUUGAAGCCAUUAGCUCGGCUGGUGGGCUGGUCGUAUGUAGGCGUAGACCCCAGCAUUAUGGGCAUUGGACCUGUUCCAGCUAUUGAGAACCUGCUCAAAGCCACUAAAAUGACCCUGAACGAUGUGGACCUCAUUGAAAUCAACGAAGCGUUUGUGGCCCAAACGCUGUCCUGUGCGAAGGCACUCAAGCUGGACAUGGAGAAACUGAACGUGAAUGGUGGCGCUACGGCCGUAGGUCAUCCUCUCGGCGCUUCUGGAUCCCGUAUCACUGCCCACCUCGUUCACGAACUCGGACGGCGCGGUUUGAAGAGAGCUAUCGGAUCAGCUUGCAUCGGCGGUGGCCAGGGCAUCGCUCUUAUGGUAGAGGCCGUCUGA